AUGGCAAAAAAUAUAUUUGCGUCUACUUUGGCUGGUACCGGUGCAGGAAUUGUUGAAGUUUUAAUUGUGCAGCCAACUGAUGUAUUAAAAACCAGAUAUCAGUCAGUUAGAGUUUUUCAUAAUUAUCAAGGUUCUGGAAUAAUAAAAUCAUUUUCAAAAAUUAUUAAUCAAGAAGGUUUUUUUGUUUCAUUACAAUAUGCAGGUUUUGCAAUGUUUAGACCAAUUUUUGUUGAUAUGGAAACUAAAAGACUUACUCCACUUGGAAGUUCAUCUGCUUUAACAGGUGUUUGUACAGGUGUAUUACAAUCUAUUACAUUAGUCACUCCUUUAGAAUUAAUAAAAAUAAGACAACAAACUGACAUAAGUAAGAAAAAAUACAAAGGGAUGAUUUCCACAAUUGGAAUAAUAGUUAAGGAAGAAGGAAUAUUCGCAUUAUAUAAAGGUCUUUUGCCUACAAUAUUUAAACAGUCUUGGGGAUUGGGAAUAAAGUUUUCUGCUUAUACAGCAUUUAAAGAUUUAUUUCUAUCUUAUAAUAAUAAUAAUUCGGCAUCGUAUCAACAUGCAGCAUCUGGUUUUCUAGCAAAUGUUAUUGUCGGCAUCUUGAAUUCUCCACCUGAUGUUGUAAAAACUAGAAUGCAAGAUCAAUCCUCGCUUUACAAAACUAGUUGGAACUGUUGUAAAUUGAUGCUUAAAGAGGAAGGAUUCCUUGCUUUUUUUAGAGGUGCUUCGCUGAGAGUGCUAAGAGUUGCUCCGGGAGGCGGAAUACAAUUCAUGACUUAUGAAUAUUUAUUAAAGUCAAUAAAUGAGAAAUUUUGA